UAGAUAUACGAACGUGGUAGCGACUGGACGAAUAACUUCACACAAUCAUUUUUAAUCGGUGAGAAUCAGUCGUAUUUAUAUUUUGCUGAUGCUAAUUUGUUAAACUUGGCCCUCUAUAGUGAAAAAGUGUGGAACAGUGUUAAAUCCAACGCAAAAGAAGAGGUUGCUAUAAAAACCUAGUAAACAUAAAUCAAGUCAAGUUGCGUUGAUCGUAUAGAACUAUCGUGACUGAUUCUCCCUAAGUUAGUUAUGUGCUUGUGAACUUUUUUGUAAUUCUUGUAUCGAUUUGCGGCAAAAUAUUCAAGUACGGGUUGAGAGGAAGCGUCAGUGUAAAUGAAGAUUCACAACAUGUUACACAAAAAUAUGAACCCGUACCACGUGAUCACCUUGGGGCUACUGAUGGCGUUAGGAGUAAUUUUACAGUUGAGUACCGCAGAAGCGUGCAGUUGUCAGCCGGAACAUGCACAAACGGCUUACUGCGAUGCGGAGUAUGUAAUUGUCGUACAAGUACUCAGAAAGUCAAAUCGAAAGCUUAACGGCAAUAAUGUCUACAAAAUCGCCAUUAAAAAAGAGUACAAGAUGACACCUCAUGCUCAAAAAAUGCUAAAGCAGGGGAAAAUUGUAACACCUCCCUCUGACUCUAUGUGUGGACUACAGUUAGAAGUGAACCAAUUGUAUACAAUAGCUGCUCAAGAUAUUCAUGUGGGUUUGUGUAGUUUUGUGCGCAAAUAUUCGGAUCUUACGAUUGUGGAGAAGCGUGGAUUGGCUGGAAUUUAUCGUAAGGGAUGCCCAUGUCAAAUCAAACCAUAUUAUACCGGGACUUGCAACAUGUCUAUUGGAGUGUGUAACUGGAUGCCAAUGGCCCCUUGUGAAUCAGCAUAUGGUUCUUGUGUACCGACACGAGGACAUCUAAUUGACGGUACACCUGCUAAAUGCCAUUGGCGCCGAUCACCACUUUAUCAGAAAUGUAAACUUAACAUUCGGGAGUGAUUUAACUGCAUAAAUCGAGAAUCCAUCUAUGUUGUAAUUAUUCUAUUUAUGCAAUAUCCUACUUGUUGGCUAAAAUCGUGUAUCAGAUCAUUGUUAUUAUUUAAUUAAUAUUUUAAACACUAAAAAUAUUUAUUGUCAGAGGAAAAUAAUAUUUAUUUUACUA